UUGCAAAAGUGCACGGAGUUCGAGUGGUACUCGCGCGGCCUCCUGUCCUAGAAACAUCACGCACCACCGGGUCCAAGCACCGCCCGGUGCUGAUUGUCGAGCUGUACCCGGGGGUUGUUCGUGUCCACUGUAUUACCUAGUGUUUUCGUCUGAAUCGUUUCGGUUUCCACGAUUCCCUUCUGUUCCGUGAUUUAUUAGAACGGCCGAUUUUCGCUCGAGAUCUGCUCCUCGACGAUGAAAAAGAGUUCUCGGAAAAGUGGUAGCUGUGCUCGUGUGCUAAGUUUCGUCUUGUUUGGAGACAGAGCAUUUGUAGGUGCUCUCUCCGUUCGUUAAACGAGAGCGAGAGCGCGCGGGACUGGUUUUUAAUGAGAUGCCGAUCAUAUGGUCGUUAUUUCUUUCGCAGACACUCGCGAUUCCUUUUUCGCGAUCGCUCGUAACGUAUGCUCGUUGUGGCCUGUUGUAAUGGAGACACAAACAGGGUAGAAAAUGUCAGAGCCAGAGGAAAGUCUGGCAGCGCCGGAUAGCACUACGAGAGAACAGAAAUCGGGUUUCUCUCAUGGAGACGAUGUUCUACUUCAACACAAGGAUGGCAAAUUUUAUCUUGGAACAGUUGUUGAGGUGGAUUUGGUUAGGGAGAGAUGCCUUGUCAAGUUUCUGGAUAACACUUCUGCGUGGUCCUCGGUUAAGGAGCUGACAAAGCUCUCAAUGCCAGACUCGGAUGUUAUGUGUGUUCUUUGUAAAAAAUCUCAGCCCAAGACUGAUGAUGACAUUAUUGUUUGCGAUAAAUGCGGUCGUGGUUAUCACCAACACUGUCAUCAGCCUCAGAUAGUAAAGGACGGAGAAGCACAUGGAUGGAUGUGUAAAAGAUGUAUAGAUAGUCAACCAAGAGCAUAUGAACUUACAGAACCAAAAACUUCUAUGGUAAAGGCAAGUAUCAGAAAAGUUUGCAGUGGAAGGGACCAACCUCAGCCGCCACCAGAUGAUAUGACAAAGUUGCCGUACGAUCCUAGUAUGUUAAACUGGGAUGCGCACCAUAGAGUGAAUGCAGAACAAAUUUAUUGUUAUUGUGGACUCAAUGGCGAAUGGUAUGCACAAAUGUUGCAAUGCGCCCGUUGCAAGCAAUGGUUUCAUGAGAAAUGUGUUAGUUGUUUGACUUAUCCUUUAUACAGUGGAGAUAGGUUUUAUGUAUUCGUUUGUUCAAUGUGCAAUCAUGGCAAGGAAUUCGUACGACGACUGGAAUUGAAAUGGGUAGAUCUGGUGCACCUGAUGUUGUACAAUUUGACUGUUUAUAAUGCUAAGAAGUAUUAUGAUUUGGACACUGUUAUUGUACCUUAUGCUAAUGACAAUUGGAAUACUUUACAGCUUCCACCGCGGAUCAGGGAUGUCAGUGCUCAAACACGCAGAGAAUCUAUACUAGCGAUAUUGACGAAUAAUAGAAACAGGUUUAAAUGCGGCAGAGAAAUAAAGAAGCGUACUACAAUAUGGGGUCUUAGAGUUAGAUUACCACCGCCGUGUCCAAUCGUUACUCUUCCAGCAGCUGAUGUAAUAGAUGAUGCUGUAUUACGUAAAUGCUGGGGAUCUAAUAAAAGACUGCAAUAUCUUCCUCCGCCUACAGGGCCGGUAUGUUUACCAGAAAGUACAAGACAAUUAGCUGCGUUGAAACAAAAAACGGCAGAGAAUUUAGAGAUUUCUGUGAAUCCAUCGGACGUUGUGAUGCGUGGGACGAUUUAUCAAAACUCGGAAGCAGAACAAAGUUCCUGCCCGAGCCAGAGUCCACCCAGUCUGUCUACACAGUCGCUGAGAGAAAGGUACAGCGGAGGUGGUUUUGUAAAGAAGUCAUUCCCAUUCCCUAAACUCAGUUUACAAAGAAGACGGCGCCUGAUGGCGUUGGGUAGUUCGCGUGAGAGAAUGUUGCGCAAACACAAGAAACGAGAGAAGAGCGACGGAGUUUUAAGCAAAGCUCAGGGUGUUCGAGAAGCUAGAUACAGAAAGGCGAGGAAACUACUGAAAAAUGCUAUAGCAAAGAGUAAGUCUCGAAACUCAGAAACAUCGGAUCUACCACCGACGCCUCCGACGUCGGUUUCCGGCCCACCUACACCACCGGCAACAACGUCGGGUAUAUCUGAACUAUCUGUGCCUAGUUCUAUGGAAUUGAUGCACUCCCUACCACCGUCGACUCCUGCGGAUACGAGCGGGGACGAAACUAGUUCAAGAGGAACAUUAGAUUCAUUUAUUCCACCGCCCAAAGAUUUCGAAGGCAAGAAUAAUCCGUUUAGAAAUCUGAGCGAUUUACUGGGCACGCCUGGCAGUGUGAAUCAAGCGAACUCCAGUACUCCGUUACCUUACAACCCAUGUCCGAUCACGUUACCUUUACCGCUCACUCCUGUUAUAUCGCAACCGCCACCGGCACGACCAGCAAAAAGACAGUUGUCGGAGAAAGACAUCAUCGUAGACAGAAACGGACAAGUAAAACGCAGACGACAGCAUCGAAGGGGACGCCCAUCGCAACAAAUACAACAACAGUAUCAACCCACCGCAAGUAAAACGGCGACUAUACUACCGGCGCGUAACAGCGAAGUUAAAAGUGAGUUUGUAAGGAAUUUACGAAGUUCGUUUAACGGUGCCUCGAGCAGUGCUAGUAGUCAAAUUGGAAAUUGUGUCGAUUAUGCCUUAAACGGGAGGAGACUGAGACAUCGUCAGAACAAUGAGAAAUUGCCACCCCCGGAUUCACAGCCGCAGAAAAAAGGUAGCGUAGCCUCAUCCCCAAAGUGUUCACCCGUUAAACAAACCACGCCCGACAUAUCUCUGGAUGAUCUUAAGUCAUCGGUGAACAUAUAUUUUGGAGCGGCUAAUAGAAUCGCCGCUGGCGAGAAGUUCGUCAUCAAAGCGAAGAGGAUAGGGCCGGACGGUCAGCUCCAAUACCUAAUCGAGUGGGAGGGACUGAAUACUUAACAAUAAAUAAUCCGUUUACAAUUAUGAAAUGCAUUGCAAUCUUAUACGAUUUCAUACAUCGAGCAAGAGCAGAGUACCGAAUCGCUGCUCCAUUCUUUCCUUCAUAUUUUUCUUCUUGGUUGAUUUGCUCGGUGUGUAGAAAAAAACGAUUUAGUGACAAAUGGACUUUCACGUCACAUGCACUGCCAUUCGUUUCGUAUGUUUACGUAUUAAGUAUCUAUUCAUUGGUGUAUGAUGUGUGACUGUUCUUGCAAAUGUAAGUUUUUAUUUUUCGUUUUUUCGAUAGCUUUAUAAAGAUACAAUUUUAUGUAAUAGUUAACGACAUACUUCAUUGCUGGACAAUGAAUUUGUUUCGUCCGCUUGUUCAAAGUAAAAGGAAUAGAGAAACAUUGGCUCUGGCUUGUUUCGUUCCAUGUAGCACAAGUAUAAAAAGUUUGACUGUUCUUUUAUUCAAUUCCGAUUUCAAAUGUACCGUCCAUGAUUACCUUCGACGCAUAUGAAAUUCGAUUAACGUUUGUACUUCUAUUUUAAUACAAAAGGUAAAUGAAAGAAACACGUGUGGGAAGGAAGAAAAACAUUUACAAGAACAAUCAGAUACAUUGCUUUAUGAAUUGUAUAUAUUGUAGUAUAGUAGUUUCGCAAAUUUCGAAUGAGGUAUAAAGCAGACGAAUGUAAAGCAAAAGAGGAGAUUAAUUUUCGUCGUGUUUUACAUUCAGUUAGAGAUUGGCCAAUCGCUCCUUUUUUUAUGAGUUCCGGAGCAGACCAUGAUCACGAUUAAUGGGAAGGGUAACCUGAAUUUAAAAGAAAAAGCUGACAGUAGUUCCUCUCACUUGAGCUAACAUGCUAGCGAACGUUAGUAAGUUAGUGUUUUAAGGAAUAAAGAAAAAAUAUGGAAUAAGGAAAAAAGAAGCAGACGUCCUGCAAAGGGUUAUUUUUCAAUACAAUCGUAGAGAUAGACAUCCGCUUCUGUAACUGCAUCUUCUUGAACUGUUAGUCCCACCUCCGAAUGACAAUACGAACAAAAUCAAAAAUUCAUUCAUUCGUUUCGCACAUCUCAUUAUUCUAUCCAUCGUUGAAUUUCGUGCUCAUGAUACUUAAUAAUUAUUCUAGCCACUAACAAUGCAAUCGUUGUUCGAGUAUUAGAAUUAACGAAUCGUGAAUGGUUUAAGAAGAUGAAGAUACGGUUCCAGCAUUGCUCAUUAUUAUUACAUGAUUAAGGGGAAGUAACAUACAUAUUUCGUAAUAAACGUACGAUAUAAAACGAGUCGCCAGAACUUGAAUGUGCAAGUGGUUGGCCAAAGUUAUCUGUGGACGAGAGAGAAUAUUUCUGCAUGCGAUUUUUCUCAGCGGAAAGGAUCAUUUCAAAUUCAGGACGUAGCGAAUCUUUAUAAGAAACACUGUUCUUGUUACAUUAAAAUAAAAGAAAGCAAAGUAAAAAAGAUAUAGGUCGCGCGAACGUUAUGGAUUUCGCGCGUAACGAACGUUCGCGUAUAGGCAACAUUUUUUCGUGCUUUUAAUUUCGUAGAAUGAAUUUUAAAUGGACGUAUCGGUGAUACUUCAUUUAAUGAAAUUAGAGAAUAUUCGUACAAAAAUUAAGUUGUACCAGGGAUCUCUAUUUCGUAUUAAAUUUGAAAUUCCAUUCGACGGAAUUUAAUAUCAGAAUUUAUGAUUGCCGAUUGAUGAUGAAAUGAUAACUAAAAUGAAUGAAAUGAUAAUGAAAAUUAAAUAUUGAUAAUAUUCCUCGAUAAAAUUCCAAAUGGGAGAGUUUACAAGGAAGUCGAUGAAGUUUGUAAUUAUAAACAUUAUUUCUUAGUUACACAAUUCGAUUUCUAUUUUGUUUUUCAAUGAGUCUGAUGUGAUUAAAUUAGGAGAUUUAACUUUUAAUCUUUCGCAACGAAAAUAAUAUCGUAAGGAGGCUAAUAAGUUGCCUGAGAAUUAGUCUUUCUUUGAAUACCAAAAGUAUGGAUAGUCGACUAACAAAAGUAAAGGAGGAAUCAGAUUUCAUUAGAUCAGUUUAAGCGAAUUUUUACAUCUAUUCAUUUCAUUUACAUCAAAUUUGUACGUAUUGAAAAUACGGAAUGAAAAUCGUAUGUUUUUCCCCGGACACUUGGAUGAGGCGAGAGAUCCACAAGUCAUUCGUGCUUAAACAGACUUAUCUAUGAUAGGUAUUUUUUUAAGCGCUAUUUAUUUAAUCUACUAUACGUAAUAAUCAUGUUUUUGUAUAAUAACUCCUUUAGAGAGAUUUUUACAAAAUCACGACUGAUUGUUCUUAUUUUUCGUAAGGAACUCGGCAGCGUUUAGACGAUCAAUUAUGGAAUCGAUCUAUGACGUAGGACCUUUCUGCCAACGAUUAAUUACACGCUUAUUUUUCUGUGCAUUUCUACUUGCUUUCCUUUCUUUUGAAAGUGAAUCUACGUUUCGUUUAAUUGUCUUCGUACGUUAGAGAGCAAAGAAAGAAAAUGUGUUCAAGUGCGUUCCGAUUGUAAUCGCAUUAUAUGCCACGAAGUUCGAUUCUUGUAAUAGCUUUUUGUACAGUGGGUAUACUCAUAACGGCAUGGAAUCGUUCCAGUUAUGCGAAACUUUAUUAUACUCUCUAAAGGAAGACGUACGUAUGUAGGUGAAUAUUGGACGAAGACACUGCCAAACAUCUCUAAGUUAUAAUUUAAUAUACGAAGUUAGACAAUAUUGCGCUAUGAUUAUGACGUUAUUAACUUCUUAAUUAAACGAACUGUUUUCUUAAUAGCGUUUUCUUUUAGUUUCUCUUUUGUUCUCCCGUUUUCUUGUUCGUUCGUCGUUAAACGUGAAGAAUCAGAAAACGGAUGGAAAUCAACGAGUAACGUUUUCUUCUUUGAUUACCCUUUUUCCUGGUACCAUUGAAGAAAAAAGAAAAAGAAUUACGUGCACAAACUAUCUGAAAUUCACUACAUUACGCGGUCGUAAAUCAUUCUCUAUCCUCUUCUCGAUCAGUGUUAUUCAACCUUCAUCGAUUGUUUCUCAUGUAACUUUUAAGUAGAUUGCUUAGAGAGCAUGAAUUUAGGAUCGACGCUUGCGUCGAUGAACCAACGUAUUAGCUAAGUUAAUCAUUUAAUCGUUGUGUCGUCAUACUGUAUCAUAUUACAUCAUUUCUUUUCCCGUUUUAUUUUAUUUGCUACAUUUUCGCGAUGUAUCUUGUAAGUUUCGUGGAAACGACGGUUUUAUUGUACGUGAGCUAUCCGUUGCAACUCGUUAAGAAUUCGAACGAUUGACUCGAUGGUGACGAAGCGACACGAGCAAGAACGAAGUCGGUUCAUAUAGGAACAAUCAUUUCCCCGUACAAAGUCAUUGCUAGCCGCUUUGUGGCGAAGCACGAUAGUGCUCUAACGUUCAUACAGCGUUGGGCAACGAAUAAAACCAAAUUCUUUUCGAUAACAACGAAUUAAGUACUGCUGAGAUUAAUCUAAUUUGAGCAACAAAUUCAUUUGCUGCUAAUUAUUUAGAUUUCUUAGAUUGUAGAUUAAUUUAGAAGAGGACCAUUGCUCAGAACUAAGUUAUUCUUGCUAUUGUUCUUUAAUUCAAGUUUGCCCGACUCUGCGUUCACGCUGGAGCAGAACAUUCUUAUAGGCACAGACGAGAUUGAAGGAAACACGUCCGAUUUAGUUCACCGAUCAUUGUCAUUGCGCGGCAAUAUUUCUUGUCAAUAUUAUCUGUGGACAACUGGAUUUCGCGUUUCCUCCCGAGAAAUUUCAUCAAGAUGUACUGCCAGUAUCGUAUCUUAUGUAAAUAUUCCUUGAUCCUCAGACUCCCAUUUUCAGAUACAACUGUCCCUCAAUCUCCAUGUCCCACCCUCGUUUUCUAACGCAGUCUUAUUCCACGUGGAAUAUGCAUAGCUGUAACGUAAAUAUCUGUACACAAUUAUGGGCGGAAAAACCGAUGAUGAGGAGCGUUUUUCUCCUCCUCGGUUCACUUUCCGAUGAAUGUAUGCGUGCGUGCCAGUCAUGGUUCUCGCUCUCUCGCUGCGAAAAAAGAUAUCAUUUUCCAAUUCAUCUUCUUCGCGAAGCUUAUUUUUCAUUUGUGGUGUUACAAAAAUUCGAGUGCUGGUUACCCGAAUAAUUUACCUUUACUCGAGAGAGAAGUUUUCUCGCGAAAGAAACGAUACGAGAAAAGAUUAUCAGAGAAAAAUUAUUAGCUUCUGAACGUCUCGAACCGUGGGAACAGUUUAUAAAUUGUAAAUGCACUGUUCCACUAACUUUUAUAUGAGCAAUUCAUUCCUUUCUCUUUAACAAAUUGAUCUCCGUCGAUAUACUUUACUCCGUACGUAUGGAUGCCAACGAAUUGCUAAUAAUUUUUCUAUGAUACUAAAUUAUCUGCAUUUUAUCUAACAGUUUAUUGAACUAUAAACAUUUCGUUUCCGUCAUACAAGUAUUCUUCGACAUUUAUUUUGAAUUAAUUAUUCUAAGAUUCUGAUAAGUUGUUUUAAUGCUGUUUCUCAAUUUAUUUAUUACAAAAUUAAAACAUUUUAUCCGUGCGAAGAGGAAUGUACGUGUGAAUGAAGAGCUCAAAGAGACAACAAUUAUGAAAGUAUGAUUGAGUUUGCUGUACGAUCGUCGCCUGUAAAUAGAAAUAGAAAUCGAAGAGAAUUGAGCUGGCAGUUGCGAUUGAAAACUGGAAUCGAAUUCGUCCUCAAUUCGCUUCGAUUGUUUCAGACAGUGUGAAAUUAUCAAUAAAAAGAUAAAAGUUACGGAGAAGUCUUCAAUAAAAUGAUUCGUCGAACUUGACAAUUUUCAAUUGUGGAAUCUUGAGAGUGAGGAAAAAUAAAAAAUGAAUCGUGACGAUUUUUAGUGUGAUAAUUGAGAUACUUGCGAUACCUUAAUCACGUUCAUUGAAAAGAAUUUCCAUUCUUAAAGAUACCUUAGCAGUGAGAUUGAGAGUAAAGAUGAGAAGGAGAGAAAGGGAAAGAAAGAAUGAGAGAUUGUAUAUAACUACACCGCCUGCACUUUGUACGAAUAUUGCGAUCGUCGUUGUUCAGCGACCAUUUUUGUUUCCUUUCGUCGUUUAAUAAAGUGAAUUCUUCAUCAUCUCUUCAA